AUGGACGAUAUUGUGUCCUAUCAAUUCACUAAAGUACGUCAGCGUAGAGAUGAGCGACAAGAGAUACAAUAUGAACUCAUUUUAAGGCAACAACCAAAACAAUCGAGGAUGUGUGGCAUAGGUGAGAAAGCUGAUAGACGUCCAAUUGAUCCUCCACCAAUAAUACAACUCAAAGUUUAUGAUGCCAGCUUACCACAAUCCGAGAAAAGUUCCUUUCUUCAGAAUCCAUAUUUCUUCAUGUAUGCAUCCCUGGUGGCACCUGAUACUGAUGAAGAGUUACAUUUGUUAAGAGACGGAAAGACUCGUUCUACAACAGGUUCAGUCGUAUCUUCUUUAUAUCAUCUUAAAGAUAUCGAUAAUUCGGAUGCCGGAUUUUUCGUGUUUCCCGACCUUUCUGUGCGCAUGGAAGGAACUUACCGACUUAAACUCAGUCUUUUCGAAAUAAUUGGAAGAGAAGUUUAUCAUUGCAAAUCAAUUUUUUCUGAUAUCUUUAUCGUGUAUUCCGCAAAACGGUUUCCCGGAAUGGAAGAGUCCACAUUUUUAUCAAGAUCUUUUGCUGAUCAAGGUUUAAAAAUCCGAAUAAGGAAAGAAAUCAGAAUACGAAGGCGGUUAGCGAAACGGGAUAGGAAGGAAUUAGAAUUGAUUGAUCAUUCUAGAUUGAAACGUCCACGUCCUGAUGGUAAAAGGGAUGAUGACAGUGGAGAAUCAUCUGACGCGGAUUUACAUACUCCAACUGCCGAUGAUACACGUUCAAAAUUAAGUCCAGAGAUAAUACAUUCAAGCUACGACAAACGUAAAGAUCAUAACAGCAUAAGUCCAUCAUCUCCACGUCGAAUGUACGAACAUAUGCCACCUCAUAUGCCACAUUAUGAUCCUAACGCUCCACCAAUGUACGGUCCAGGAUAUCCGCCACAUCGACCUCAUUCAUGGCAUGAUCGUCCAGAAUACAUGACAGAUCCUCAUUACCCUCCUUAUUAUGAUCCAUAUGAUCGAAGAUAUGGAUAUCAUCCAUAUUAUUACCCACAUCCUCCACCAAUGCCUGAUGGCUCUGAACAUCAUCGUUAUCCAUAUCCAGCUUACGGUAGACCACCGAUGUAUCCCGGACAACCCGCACCCGGAUAUUAUGAUGCACCACCAAGAGUUGGUCAUCCACCAAACGAUUCUCCAGGAGCUGUCAGACCGUACGGAUAUGAUCCAUCGGGUACUUAUCCGCCUCAACGUUGGCCGCAUUAUGGUGAACGUUCACAAUCAAGGGAUCCUAACUUGGAACCAUCAUCAUCUCCAUAUCGUGGAAGUGCUCCUGUGACACCCCCGCCACCCCGUGGACAUCCAAUAUAUCCGUAUUCAGAUUAUUAUCCUUCAUAUCCACAUCCUCCAAUUCCUCCACUACCACCGAAGACAGCGGAUUACGCUCCAGUUCCACCAAUUGAUACUUCUGGCGAUCCUAACAACCCACAAUCCAAAAUACCAAUUCAAAACUUAUUUGCUACUGCACCACCCGCGCCCCAUCCAUCAAGAAUUUAUGGUGGCCCUUCUGCAUUUGCUCAUAUUUAUCCUCAUCCAGCUCGACCACAUGAAUAUAUGAGACAUGAUCUUUAUGGCAGACCCCCAUACGAUGUAGGAUAUCCACCACGUGAUGCCGCGGUAUCGCCAUAUGGCACUCCUAGUAGUAAUGCUGUCAACAAAUCACAACCAGUAUCACAACCAUCACAUUCUCAACAAGGUGAUACCGCACGAACCUCUCUAAUUUUGCCACCUACCUCUACAUCAAUGACUUCAUCAUCAUCAGAACAGUCAAGACAUAAUAUUGAUUACAAUAAUACAUACGAACGCCGUUCUGUAUUUUCGGGUGAACCUUCAACAUCUACCAGUAAUCCGCCAUCUACAAAUCCUAGUUCAACGACGUCAUCAUCACAAACAUCAUCAUCCUAUUCAGGCAUGCCAAUUAUCCCAACGGCAACUCGUACGACAGUAACCCUACCUUCGUUGGUUCCAUUGAGCAUAAACGAUCGUAAUGAACGUUUUGUGGCGAGUUCCAGUAGUGGCAACUCAAUUCCUACAUAUCAUUCAGCCACGUCCGCUUCUCCAUUACAUACUACGACUCCUAGUUCGCAGCAAUUAAAUUCCCCACAAUCACAACCAUCUCAGCCAUCUUAUGAACAUCCAUAUUCUCAUUCCACAUCGAAUUCACAAAAUCGAGGGUCUUUUGGUAUAACCUCUGGUUCAGAUCACGGUAAUGGAGGUAAUAAUAGUAGUAAGAACAAUGGCGUAAAGCCCAGUUUGAGUAGUGGUAGUAAUGAAAAAACUUCGCCACGGGCUGCGGGUUUUGAAGGUAAUUACCCAUUAAGACGACAAGGAGGUGAUGCGGAAGAUUAG